AUGCUGGCAGAGAACCUAAAGAAACAACUUGCUUUAGCAGUGAAAAGCAUUAACUGGAACUAUGCAAUCUUCUGGUCUAACACAGAUACACAACCACGGGUCUUGAGAUGGGGAGAAGGGUAUUACAAUGGAGGCAUUAAGAUCAAAAGGACAAAUGAAACAAUGGAUGUCAAUUCUGACCAAAUAGGCUUGCAGAGGAGUGAGCAGCUUCGAAAGCUAUAUGCAUCUCUCAAAAGUGCAGAAGUCAACUCACAAACGCAAAGACCUUCUGCUGUAAUAUCCCCUGAAGAUCUCACAGAUGCCGAGUGGUUUUACUUGGUUUGCAUGUCCUUUGAAUUCAACAUUGGCCAAGGAUUACCAGGAAGAGCUUUAGCAAAUGGCAAACCGAUUUGGCUGUGCAAUGCCCUUUCUGCUGAUAGUAGAGUUUUUAGUCGUUCUCUCUUUGCAAAGAGUGCAUCCAUUCAGACAGUGGUGUGCUUUCCUUUUCUGGAAGGGGUCAUGGAGCUAGGCACAAUUGAUUUUGUCUCAGAAGACCACAGUCUCAUUCAAUGGAUCAGAAGUUCUUUCUUGGAUAUUCUAGAUACCAGUGUUCCUGAAAGGUCGGGAGCUACUUUCAGUGCAAGAAAUGACGAAGGUUUUGCUUGUGUAGCAUUCAAUCGUAAUGCAUUACAAGCCAAUCGACCAGCACAAACAUUCACUGCUAAAGGGACAAUUGGUGGUGGCGCUUCUCAAGUGCAAAGCUGGCAAGUUUUGGGUGAUGAAUUGAGCAACUGUGGCCAAAACUCCAUGAGUUCUAGUGGCUCUAUAUCUCAAGCUUUUGACAAUCCUGACAAGAUUACUUUUGUUACCAAGAGUGAAAAUCCAACCAGCUACUGUGCAGAAGACCUUCAAGAAAGCAAUGGCCCAAAAACAACUUCAGUGGAUCUUCCCAGUGAUGAUCAACAUUAUCAGAGACUUCUUUCAGCCCUUCUAAAACACUCAGACCAGUUAAAUAUGGGGUUGCAUUUUCAAAAUGUUCACAGGGAAUCAAGCUUUGUCAUUUGGAACAGACAAGGAUCAAUGGAUUGUCAAAGACCAAGAAGAGGAAUACCACAGAAAUUAUUGAAGAAGGCAUUGUUUGAAGUUCCUAGGAUGCACGUGGAUUGGCUACUUGAGGCUCAAGAAGAGAGAGAUUAUAGAGAGGGAAUGAGACCGGAGGUAGAUGAAAUUGGCAUGAACCACGUCCUUUCAGAAAGAAAGAGAAGAGCAGAACUAAAUGAAAGGUUUUCAACUCUUAGAUCAAUGGUCCCUUCAACUACUAAGGAUGACAAAAUUUCAAUACUAGAUGAUGCCAUAAAUUACCUAAGAAAGCUUGAGAAAAAGGUAAGGGAGUUGGAAGCUCAAAGGGUGCUAAUAGAUUUAGAAGCUAGAACUAAAAGAACACCACAAGAUAUGGUGGAAAGGACUUCUGAUAAUUACUGUAACAACAAAUUUGAUAGUAAAAAGAAGUCAGUGGUAAACAAGAGGAAGGCUUCUGACAUUGAUGAGAAAAGGCGAGGGAUCAGUUCAAAAGCUCUUAAAAAAGCUUCAGCUAGUAAUGUUACUAUCUGCAUGAGAGACAAUGAAAUUCUGAUUGAAAUGAAUUGCCUUUGGAGAGAAAGAGUGUUGUUGAAAAUUAUGGAAGCAAUCAAUAGCCUUUGUUUAGAUUGUCAUUCGGUUCAAUCAUCAGAAGCUGAUGGGAAUCUUAAUCUGACCAUUAAAUCUAAGUUUAGAGGACCAAAUGUUGCAUCAGCAAAAAGGAUCAAACACACACUCCAAAAAGCGGCUUUGAAAUGUUGA